AAAAUAGGCAUGUGACUGGAUGACGAAUACAUGUAUUUUGUAUUGUAUUUAUUUCUGGAUGUAUUUUGUUUCUGUUCCUAGAAUUGAUGUGGCCAUCACAUUGGGGGAGAAGGAGAAAAACGGUUGAGAAUCUGGAAAGAUCCAUGCUCCUGACGUCACCCGAAACAAAAAACGGGACACAAAAGACAAAGCACACAGCACUCAAGGCACUCGGCACUCACCACCACAGUUCAUUUGGUUUCGGUCUCUCUGCUGUGCAACAUCUAAUAAAAUUGUUCAGUGCAUAUUGACAUCCAAAAAAAAAAGUAACAAUGGCAAAUAACGACAAUAUGGAAAAGUUGAUUCCAUUUAUGAAUCAAAUUCAAGAUAUAUUAACAAAAAAUGCUGAUUCUCUUAAAUUUGACUUACCACAAAUUGUGGUUAUUGGUGGUCAAAGUGCUGGUAAAGAUACAGUCUUGGAAAAUUUUGUUGGAAAAGUUUUUCUUCCAAGAGGCAAUGGAAUUGUAACACGCAGGCCACUGAUUUUACAAUUAAUAACCAACAAAUACAGUGAUGAAGAGUAUGCUGAAUUUGAACACACCGAAAGUGCAAAAUUUAGAAUCAAUGAAAUUUGUAAAGAGAUUGAGAAUAAAACAGUUGGCGACAAUGGAAUAAAUCCUAAACCAAUAACUUUGAAGAUUUAUUCACCAACUGUUUUAAAUUUAACAUUGGUUAAUUUGCCUGAAUUGACAACAGUAGCAGUUGAAGGACAACCAGAUGAUAUUGCUGAUCAAAUAAAAAAAUUGGUUCUUAGUUAUAUAAGCAAAGAAAAUGCUUUGAUAUUAACAGUAACACCUUCUAAUAUUGAUCUUGCUGAGUGUGAUGCACUUAAACUUGCAAAAGAAGUUGAUCCAGCUGGUACCAGGACAAUUGGAGUCAUUACCAAGCUAGACAUGAUGGGUGAUGUUAGGUACGCCAAAGCUGUUUUGGAAAAUAGAUUGUAUCCAUUGAGUAGAGGAUACGUUGGCGUCAUCGAUUGUAAUCAGUAUGAUAGUGAGGAAAAAAAAAGUAUUGCUGAUGCAAUUGAGUUUGAGAAAGAAUUUUUCAACAGUCAUCCAGCAUAUAAAUUUUUGCCUGAUAGACUUGGGGUUCAUUGUCUACAUCAAAUGCUCAAUGAACAAUUGACAAAUCACAUUCGUGAUAAAUUACCAGCAUUACGAAACAAGUUGGAUACUGAAUUAUCAAAUAUUAUACAAUAUUUAGGAAAAAAGGAUUGUCAAGUCAUCAAGUCAGCAUCAAAAAUAGAAUCAUUAUUUGAAAUGCAUAGAUUUGUUCUCGUCACGUUCAAUAAAGAAAUUUGUUUUCAUGAAUCUAAUGGAGCCAGUAAAAGACCACGUGAUGGGUUCGAUAUUUAUAAGAUGAUGCGUGAAAGUCUUUCACUUGGUAUUCACAGUGUAGCACUCACUGCUGAUAAUUUACGUAAUAAAAUUAUUGAAACAAUUUCCAGCAUUCAAGGUGCAAGAGAAGGUAUCUUCGUGCCAGAUAAGAUAUUUGAAAAUGUUGCUAAAGCACAAAUUAGUCUGUUGAAAGAAGCAAGUAACGAAUGUGUCAGCCUUGUUGUUAAAGAACUCAUCGGUAUCUUGAAGUAUUGUACCAAGCAUAUGUUCGAAUAUCCAGGUUUACGAGAAGAAAUUGACAGAUUAUUAAUUUCACAUGUCCAAGAAUGUGAAAAAAAAUGCAAUGAAAAUCUUGAUGUUUUAUUUCAAAUACAACUCAGUUAUUUGAACACUGAAAAUCCAGAUUUCGUUAAUUUCAUGAGGGCACAAGAACCUGUGGCUUUUCAAAUAAAAUCAGAGGAGGUACCACAAGAAAAUGGAGUUCCCUGUUCCAGCAUUACUCAUGUAAUGCCAAUACUUUGUGAAAUGCAAGAAGUUGAAAAAAUUCACAUCAUGAUUGAUUCAUAUUUAAUAAAAGUUACAAAAAAUAUUAUUGAUAUUGUUCCAAAAACUAUUAUGUUCUUUAUAAUGAAAAAUAUGAAAGAGUAUGUUAAUCAUAAGUUGUUGGUAGAACUUUACGAGGACAAUGAUCAAUCUCCCUUGACGAAAUCAUUGAAAGAACAGAAGGAUAAGCAUGAUGAACUUCUUCGUAUGCGUGAAGCAUUGCAAAAAUCAUUGGAUACAAUUACCUCAAUGUCAUCAUUUACUUGAGUCAAGUAAAAAAUAUUUGAUCCAAUCCAUAGCUUUAAAAAGUUAUGCCUUAUUUAAACUACAUAUUACAUUUUUAUGUUCAAUUUAAUUUUAAUUUUUUUUACUAUCGUAAUCAUAUUUAAUUUAUUACUAUUGUAUUCUGUCUUGAGAAUAGUAAUUUUUGUGUGUCUUUUAAAAUUAAUAUGUCAUCAACAUACUUUUACAUUAUACAUUUGGAUUUUGUUUGAACAAAUUUUAUUAAAUAGCAAACUUGAAAAGAAAAACAAAUUUAA